UAUUAUAAAUGUUGCGCUCGGCCUUAUCUGCCUCCAGAGCAUUCUGCGGGAGUGCGUAUAAACUUACGCCUCAUCACGGGGUGCAAACAGUACGAACUUUAUCAGUAUUAGUGACACACACGCGCGCAGUCAAGUUCAAACGCGCAGAGCUGGGCAACCUAGCAUUUCUCUGCUCGUCAAGUGCUUCCCAAAAUAAAAACAUGGCUCCUGUUGGGAGUCAAAACAUCGCUGUAAUGGUGGAGGAUUAUAUAAAGAAUAAACCGGUUAUGAUUUUUUCCAAAUCCUUCUGUCCGUUCUGCGUGAAGGUAAAGGAAUUGUUUAAAAGCUUGGAUAUCGAGUACACAGCGGUAGAGUUGGAUCAGAUAGAGGAGGGUGAGGAGAUGCAGAAGAUUCUAGAGGAAAGAACCGGACAGCGAACCGUUCCCAAUGUUUUUAUCCAGGGAAACCACAUUGGUGGCAAUGAUGAUACCCAUAAACUUCAUGCUGAGGGUAAACUGGUAGCCAUGGUGAAAGCUGCCUCCCACUCGUUCGAAUACGACAUCGUCGUUAUCGGCGGUGGAUCCGGAGGGUUGGCGGCAAGUAAGGAGGCGGCUCGAUUAGGGAUGAAAGUGGCUGUUUGUGAUUUCGUUCAACCUACUCCUAAGGGUACAACCUGGGGUCUAGGAGGAACCUGUGUUAAUGUUGGAUGUAUUCCAAAGAAAUUAAUGCAUCAGGCAGCUUUACUGGGUGAGAGUAUUAAAGAUGCUAAAGCUUUCGGCUGGAAGACUGAUCCUGAACAAACAACCCAUGAUUGGCCAGCAAUGGUUCAAGCUGUCCAAGAUCAUAUUGGAAGUCUCAACUGGGGAUACAGGGUCUCAUUGAGAGAGAAAUCCGUCACAUAUCUAAAUGAAUACGCAACUUUUGUUGAUGAUCACACUCUGAAGUGCGUCAAUAAGAAGGGAAGAGAGAAGUGGGUGACUGCCAACAAGUUUAUUGUUGCUACCGGAGGCCGUCCUAAGUAUCCUGAUAUACCCGGAGCUAAAGAGUUCGGUAUAACCUCGGAUGAUAUCUUUAGCCUGCCCUACGCCCCUGGAAAGGUUCUGCUAGUUGGUGCCUCCUAUAUAGCCCUGGAGUGCGCUGGGUUCCUCAAAGGACUAGGAUAUGAUGUUACCGUAAUGGUUCGAUCCAUAUUUCUCCGAGGGUUUGACCAGCAGAUGGCAGGGAAGAUUGCGGAAUAUAUGGAGGAGCAUGGAAUUAAUAUGAUCCGUGAGUGUGUUCCGAGCAGCCUGGAGGAAUUGGAACCUGGUACCCCGGGUAAAAUACAGGUCAAAGCCAAGUAUAAUGACGGAACUGAGUACUCGGACGAGUUCAACACCGUUAUUUUCGCCAUAGGUAGAGACGCUUGUACACAGAACAUCGGCUUAGAUAAGGUCGGAGUCAAGAUGAACCCGUCCAACGGUAAAAUUAUUCACGAUGAGAAGGAGCAGACUAGUGUUCCCAACAUAUAUGCUAUCGGUGAUGUGCUGGACGGUAAGCCUGAACUAACUCCUGUAGCUAUCCAGGCUGGUCGUCUCCUGGCUAAACGUAUAGCUGGAGUAUCGGAGACUCUAACUGACUACGUGAAUGUUUGUACCACUGUAUUUACCCCCCUGGAGUACGGAUGCUGUGGACUAUCGGAGGAGGACGCAGAGGAACAGUACGGCAAGGAGGACAUAGAGGUUUAUCACGGUAACUUCUGGCCUCUUGAAUGGACUGUAUCCCACCGACCGGAGAAUGCCUGCUAUUCUAAACUCGUCUGCGUCAAGUCGAUGAAGGAAAAGGUUGUUGGGUUCCACUACCUGGGCCCAAAUGCUGGUGAGGUGACCCAAGGGUUCGGUAUAGCCCUCAAGAUGGGAGCCACCAAGGAGGACUUUAACUCCCUCAUCGGUAUCCACCCAACCACCGCCGAGAGUCUCACCACCAUGGAGAUUACUAAGUCUAGCGGGGUUGAUGCCUCCGCUACCGGCUGCUGAGGUUAAUUCUUCUGAGAUAAUUCCAUUCAGUUGGAUUUAUCUCAGCUCUAACAUUGUACAGGAGAGUCGACAUUAAGCUCCAGCCUUAUUUAAAACAAUGAAUUUAGUAAAACUAUCAGUCAUUAAUCUUCAAUAGUUAAAGCCUCCUGUACAAUUGUUAUAUAUAUAUGUGAGAAUUCAGCUUGCAUGCUGUAUAUGACGAUCCUACUCCUAUUCCAAUAGCGGAAGAGUUGAAUCUGAUAAAUAUUCUCAAUCUUUGUCAUAGUUUUAACGCACUGGUGAAAACAUGCAUAUUUUAUGUAAAUCUAUAUAAACCAGUUUUAUCAACUAAAAUUUAGUUUAAAUUGAUUUUAAUGAAAGUAUUUAUCCACAUUUAUGUUCUUUUUAAAUCUGCAUUUGUGAAUUUUCUGAUUUAGAUGGUAAAAUAUUGGAUUUCAG